AUGUGGACGUUGGCGUGGAUCGUGACGGCCAUAUACAUCCUGGCCACGGCCACAUCCGUGACCGGAUGUGGAUUCCCAGGCUCACCGUCGCAUGCCGAAGUGCAAUUUCGACCCGAGGGUCCCAUCGGACCGGGGACGGUAGCCAUCUACUCGUGUGAAAGAGGAUUCGAACGAUUGGGACCCGCUCAAAGGCUAUGCAACGACAAUGGGACCUGGACCCCCGCUGGGAUCCCAUUCUGCGUGCUGAACGUGGCCGCAGGCAAGGCCCCAAAACAAUCCUCAGAUGCGGAGCUGGGAUUCGCUCAAAAAGCAGUCGACGGAAGCACGAGCGACACGUUCAACCCGGAGACGUGUGCCCUAACGCAGAGGGAGAGGGAUCCGUGGUGGUACGUGAAUCUCCUGGAGCCGUACAUGAUCCAGCUCGUCCGCCUCGACUUUGGCCUCUCUUGCUGCGGGAACAACAUGCCGGUGACGGUGACUGUCCGGGUGGGGAACAGGAGGCCAGACCGAGUGGUGAACGAGGUAUGCAACAAGUACACGGGAUUCAUCGAGGAGGGACGACCCAUUUUCCUCCCCUGCAAUCCGCCGAUGAGGGGAGCCUUCGUGAGCGUUCACCUCGAAGGCCCCACGCCCCUCAGUCUCUCAUUGUGUGAGACGUUCGUAUACACCGAUCAGGCCCUUCCGAUGGAGAGAUGCCCGUCGUUUCGGGACCAGCCUCCGGGAAGUACGGCCACGUACUACGGAAAAUGCUACACCUUCUACAACCGGCAGCCGAUGAGCUUCAGCCAAGCGAGAAAGUUCUGCUCCGAACGGGGAGGGACAUUAGUGGACGAAACGAACCCGGCAUUGCAAGGAUUCUUCUCGUGGGAACUUCAUCGCCGGCACAGGGUCCUGGAUUCAACGGCCCAAUACUGGAUGGGGGCCAUCCGUGACCAGAGGAGCAGUUGGAAAUGGAUCAAUGGUCGAGACGUGAAGAUGUCUUUCUGGAACAGUUCCAGUGUCAUCGGGGAACACGACUGUGCUCGAUUCGAUGGCUCUCAACGAUGGCUUUGGUCCACGGCGGACUGCAAUUCCAAGCUCAACUUCAUUUGCCAGCAUAGGCCAGAAGGAUGUGGUCGACCCGAACAGCCACCGAAUUCCACUCUGCUCUCCUCCAAUUAUGAAGUCGGCUCCGAGAUUGAGUACAGAUGCAAUCGAGGCCAUCUUCUCAUCGGACCCAGGGAAAGGACUUGUCUCCAGACCGGAUUUUUCACCGAAUUCCCACCCACUUGCCAAUACGUGGAAUGCGGAUACCCAGCCCCGAUCAACCAUGGGACGUAUAACCUGCUGAACGGAACCAAAUCCUUCCUGUCGAUGGUCGCCUACGAAUGCGAAGAAGGCUACCGGCUCAUUGGUCAGAACCAGCUGGUCUGCGACGUCGAUGCCAGAUGGAACGGACCCCCUCCCAGAUGCGAAGCCGUGGAAUGCCCCCCGCCGCCGGUGAUUGCGAACGGCGACUUCCUCAUGACCAGUCGAACCCCUGUCUAUGGGACAUCGGCAGAGUAUUUCUGCCUCAGUGAUAGAUUCACGCUGGAAGGAAGCAAGAAAAUCGUAUGUCAGGCCACAGGUCGCUACGACCGAGAGCCUCCCUCUUGCAUUGACACGAAUACUGGAGGCAGUGGAGGCCGAGUGAAGACCCAGACGGGAGCUCCACCGGCUCAUCCGAUCGACAAUGAAAUCCCCGGCAUCGUGAAUAUCCGAAGCGAUCAGCCACCGGGGAUCGAUGUUCCCACUCUCAAGGAAGAAUCUUCGUCUUCCAAAACGGCGAAAUUGAACCUUGGUGGCAUCAUCGCCUUGGGAGUAUUCGGGGGCUUCGUGUUCCUGGCUGCCGUCAUUACCACCAUUGUGAUACUGGUCCGCAGGACUCAGAAUGCCCGACGACACUCCCCCGAUUCGGACACGGAUUCCUCGAGCUCGGAGACGGGGGGCGGAGGAGGGCUGAACAAGUAUUACAAGCAGGCUUGGGAGAAUUUGCGCGAAACGAAUCGAAGAAGCAGCAAGGGGAACUUCCGCUCCACGUUGGGCGAAGGGAUGCGUGAUGGCAGUGAGAUGAUUGUGAGUGAUGCCUUCGCCAAGCCCGGCGGGGAGAAGAAACGCCAUCAUCACCAUCAUCAUCACCACUCCUACAAGCAUCGCCAGCAUCACUGA